GCCGCAGGGGGGUCUGAGUUGCGCAGCCAUGGCUGGAGCUUGGGUGUGUGUUUCCCUCUUGGCUGUGGCAUUGGUGUUUGCCGGCUCCGUGUGGGGCGGCGAGGAUCGGCCGCGGCUGGUGGGGGCCCCGCUGGACAUCGCCAACGCCGACAACGAUGAGGGCCUGCAGCGGGCCCUGCAGUUCGCCAUGACGGAGUACAACAGGGCCAGCAACGACAUGUACUCCAGCCGGGUGGUGCGGGUCAUCAGCGCCAAGAGGCAGAUUGUGUCUGGACUCAAGUACAUAAUGGAGGUGGAGAUUGGCCGGACAACUUGCCCGAAGCCAGCCACUGAUCUCCAGAGCUGUGCUCUCCAUGAUGCACCACACAUGGCCAAGCGCACCACUUGCAACUUCGUAGUGUACACUGUUCCUUGGCUAAACCAAAUCAAACUAUUGGACAGCAGCUGCCAAUAAACCUGUCUUGUUCCAGGAGAGACCAGCAGCCAGUUGCUCAGACUUAAACAAAAUAAAGGCAAUAACACAAAUUGAGAUGGGCUUUAUCAAUGCCUGUUAACACAGCUACUUAUGUAUGCUUGUGCUAUGCAAGUUAAACUAGGUAACUUUCCUUUAAAGCACAGUAUGAUCUCAACUCUUUGUAAUUACAUUUUAGAGCAGCUGUUUUGGUCUUUAUCCAGCUUUCCUAAUGAAGUAACUCCAACAUCAGAAUUCUGAUUAAAAAAGCCCCUUGGUAUCCCUGUUAGAGUGACUACUGUAAACAUAAAAAAAUAAUUCAUAA